AUGCAAAGCACUCCACUUAAAAAGAAAAAAUCAAUAAUAUAAAAGAUUGUUAAGUUCUUUAAUGAUAUUCCCGAUCAAUAAAUUGCAGUUAUUAAUGAAGCAUCCUAAAAAUUACCACCAUAAAUCAAAAAAGUAUAAUAUUUAUAUAUCAAAGAGCUAAUCUUUAGAAGAAAAAAGUUAAAAAAACAAGAAACUAGAUCUGAAGCAUAAAUACUCUGAAGAACUUUUUGAAGAAUUACAUGAAGUUAAUAGAUUAGAAUUGGGAGAAUGA